UCCGAUUCCCACUCAAUUAGGGUAUUCAAAAUAUAAUGGUACGUGGACUGGAAUUACAGGACAAGUUAUAAAUCAGGAAGCAGAUGCAUCUUUUGUACCAAUGGGUAUGACUUACGAUCUCUUUGCUGCGAUGCAGUUUACGUCCACAUUUGCAUUUACUGAAAACAUUUUUAUUAUUAGACCUGCAAAUAAGGUUUCCGAUUGGAAUUCUCUAAUGAAGCCUUUUGCCUUGGAUUUAUGGAUAGCUGUAUUUGCAACUGUAUUAAUAUUUGGACUGUCCCUGCAUAUAAUUGUUAAAAAGGACUUAAUCGUUGCGAAAAAUAAAAAACGUUGGACACUUUGUCGAAUUUUUUAGGAUUUAUUUUCUACAUUAUUGGGUCAAGGAUUAGAUAUACAUGGUGUAAAAAGGUUUGCAUCUAGAUUUAUGAUAGGAAUUUGGUGGUUAUCGAUUGUUGUUUUGCUAUAUGGUUACAGCGGAGGGUUAAUGUCUUUUAUGGCAUGUCCUUUAAUUGAACCGUAUCCUAGAAAUUUUCACGAACUUGGUACUUUUGUUCGCAAUGGUGAGUAUUCAUGCGGAUCAACGAAAAGAUUAAAUGCAUGGAAAGAUAUCGAGGAAUCGAAGACAGAAAAUACCAAAAUUUUAAGAGAAAACAUUUUGUCAAAUAAUAACUUAAUGAAUCCGGCAGAAGCCAUGAAGAAAGUACAGAAUGAACGAUUUGCAUACAUAGCGUCUCAAUAUGUUAUAAAUCAGCACAUCAGUAAAUUAGAUAAAAAUAAAUAUAUAAUGUCUACAGAUUCUCUAAGUACAUUAAUUAUUGCUUUUCCAAUUCGAAGAAAUUUUCCCUUCAAGAAGGAUAUAAGCAACACAGUAAAUCGCUUGUUCGAAGCGGGAAUUGUUCAUAAAUUGGCACCAUCAGAAGUUGAAGGAUUGAAUGAAGAGUCUGUAUUCCAAGCAUUAUCAGUCGAAGAUAUUAAGAGUCUUUUGUUAUUCGUGGGAAUUGGAUAUUUCUUGUCUAUAAUCGUCUUAGCAAUCGAAAUAAUAUACACAAAAGUUACAAAAACUUUUACUCGAAAUUCCCUUUAUUAAUUGUAAAUUUAUUAACUAACGUAUUAAUAUAAUAUUUAUCAUUUUAUAACACUGAAACAAAAAGUUUAUACACUUCAAUAAUUAUACUCGAUACAACUAAGAGUUGUUCUAAUAAAUAUUUAUUA